UCACUGAGCUCCAGUGAGCUGAGCUCCCAACCACCGCAAGCAGCAGCAUUUGCACGAGUUCUCCGUCAGAAAGAAGAGCAGGCAGGCAUCACCGCUCCUCAGCUCACCUCGCCGCCGGCAGUCGACAGUAAUCAUUGUUGAACAAAAUGGUUGCAGAGGCUUUCACAGUAGAUUUGAAUAAACCUCUUGUAUUUCAGGUUGGGCAUCUAGGGGAUCAGUACCAGGAAUGGGUUCACCAGCCAAUUGUUAGCAAGGAGGGGCCAAGACUUUUUGGCAAUGAUGCCUUAGAGUUCUUAACACGCACGGAGUGGUGGGCAAUUCCUCUUAUCUGGUUGCCUGUGGUGUGCUGGUGCCUAAGCAAAUCAGUCCAAACGGGUCACACACUUUCAGAAGUGGCUCUGAUGGUUGUGUUUGGAAUUUGCCUAUGGACAUUGAUCGAGUAUAUAAUGCAUCGAUUCCUCUUCCACAUAAAUACUAAAAGUUACUGGGCAAACACAGCACACUAUCUUCUUCAUGGAAUUCAUCACAAGCACCCGACUGAUGGGCUGCGACUUGUCUUUCCACCCGCUGCUGCAGCUAUAUUGUGCUUUCCGUUCUGGAAUCUAAUCAGGCUCAUUACUACUCCAACCACAACUCAUGGCGUGUUUGGAGGUGGCCUUUUGGGCUAUGUGAUGUAUGACUGCACGCACUACUAUCUGCAUCAUGGGCAGCCAUCAUCUGACCCAGGAAAACACCUCAAGAAAUACCAUCUGAACCAUCACUUCAGAAUCCAAAACAAGGGGUUCGGAAUAACAUCGACGCUAUGGGAUCAUGUGUUUGGUACAUUGCCCUCGGCAAAAAUCAUUGACAAGAAGAGCUAUUGACUUGGACUGCAUUUGCAGAGCCAAAAAAUCUUGUUCAGGUGUUCUAGAUUGAUUACUCUUGCAGUAUGCAGAGUUUCGAUGAGUGAUGACAGAUAGACCUGAUGGAUGAUGAAGCACAAACUCUAUCCAAUUUUGGUUUCUCAUUCUCUGAAGAUGAGAUGAACUAAAGAUCCAACAUGGCUCGCAAAUGUCAUCGAAAUUUUCCCCUCUGUUGCUCUGGCCCUCAAAGAAUAGUGCAUGAUGAUUCAUGUGCAAUCAUUCUAAUCAGUAGAAUCCAUGAGGUUGGCUAUGCAUGAUAAGAAAACCUGUUAGAUGAAUAUGUCUGAAUGUAUUAAGGUUUCGUACUAAAAUUUUUUGGCCUCUGGUUUAGUCAUGUAUUGUGAUUUUGAAACAAGUAUUGGUUGCUUGAUAUCGCAACCUGCCAACCUUCCUUCAUGUGAAAAUUUUAUUACCAACAGCAACUUUAGUGGAUGAGGAAACAACAAAAAGAUGAUGUUGCGAUGAUGCAUGCAUAGGGGGCAAUAAGAGAUGGCCUUUAUUUGGGCUAUGA